AUGGUAUUGGCGAGCCCUCCAUUAGCUGGCUGGUCUGUAUACUCAUAUCUACCCGGACAGUCGUUCUGUUUCUGCUCCUGGAAGAGUAGUGAAUCCUACACGUUCUUUAUGGUGGGUGUUUGUUUCGGCGGACCCUGCUCUGUGAUGGCUUUCUGCUAUGUCCAGAUAAUGCGGGAAGUCCGUAGAAGUCGUCGGCGAAUUUCAAGCGAAGAUCCCAGCUCUGAUGAUGAUAUUCAGUUGAAAGUUUCGACAAUAGCGGGCGCUGUAUACUCCCAUAAAAUCUCGAUUGCCCAAAGAAAGCGCCGUCAACGCAGGCAUGAAGAAGAUGUGAAGUUGACAUUCUCCUUUCUCGUAGUUAUAACGUUGUUUGUGAUAUCAUGGAUGCCAUUUUGUGCCACAAUGUUCUGGAGUAUCUACUCCUCAACGCCAGUUCCAAGACCGAUUGACAUGGCAACACUUUUGCUAGGGUAUUUUAACAGUUGUUGUAAUCCAAUUGUGUAUGGACUAAUGAACAAGCGCUAUCGGUGGGGAUAUAAGCGCUUAUUUAAGAACUGUUGA